AUGGAGACACAGAUUCCCUCUGCAGACAUCAGGAUGAGGUCUCCAGUCCUGUUUGCUGCCUUCUUCUGGCUCCGGGGAUAUUUGGCUAAGGAAGAUGCAUGCCAGCCCCUGGAAGGGAGCCCAGACAGGCAGGGCGGAGGCCCACCCCUGAGAGUGAAUGUCAGCAGCCGGCUGACAAGUCUCUUUGUGACCUGGGAAGGCUCGGGGCUAGCCAGGCUGGACCAUGCCCUCCGCCUCAGGCAUCUGAGCUCCCUGGGCUCUCCAGAAGGGCAGCAGCUCCAGGUCCGCACCAAUGCAUCCAGCUUUGAGUUCCAGAACCUGGUGCCAGGGAGUCACUACCAGCUGGAAGUGACUGCCCUGCGACCCUGUGGGCAGAAUGUCACCGUCACCCUCAGGGCCUACACAGUCCCAUUGGCCGUCCAUGGGCUGCAGCUCCACGGCUCUGGGAGCCCAGUCAGCCUGGAGGCCUCGUGGGGAGAUGCCCCCGGGGAGCAGGAUGGCUACCAGCUUCUCCUCUACCACCUGGAAUCCCAGACAUUGGCACACAACAUUUCCUUGCUCUCUGGCACCCUGUCCUACAAUUUUGGCAACCUCUCGCCAGGUAGCGAGUAUGUUUUGGAGGUUAUCACCCGGGCUGGCAACCUCCAAGCAAAGACCAGCAUCCACCAGUGGACAGCCCCCAUAUCCCCAGAUGGGCUGGUGCUGCGUGCUCUGGGCACCGACGCCCUGCGAGCCUCCUGGAACGGCUCCGAGGAGGCUGCCUGGCUCCAUCUGGUGCUCACAGACCUCCUGGGAGGCACCAACCUGACUGCAGUGGUCACACGGGGGGUCUCCAAUCACACUUUCCUUCACCUGUCUCCGGGCACACCCUACAAGCUGGUGCUCAGCGCGACCGCAGGGCCCCAUUGGGAAGAGGGGCCCAAUGCCACCGAAUGGACCUAUCCCUCUGCCCCCCUGGACCUGGUGCUGACCCCCAUGCCCCCCAAGCUCUGCGCAAGCUGGACGCCAGGGCCAGGUGCCUGGGAUGGCUACCUGCUGCUGUUAAGUGGGCCAGUGGAGAAGAAUACCGUCCUGGGCCCCGAGACCCUCAGCUUCACGUUCUCAGGACCCCUGCCCGCCGGACACUAUGCUCUGGAGCUGAAGGUUCUGGCUGGGCCCUAUGACGCCUGGGCCCAGGCCAGUGCCUGGCUGGCUGAUUCUACAGCCCAGCCCAGCUUGGGGAAUGAUGCCAGGCUGCAGCUGGAGGGGCUAGAGGCCACUGGGAAGCCCGGGAGGCGGGCACUGCUAUAUGCUGAGGGCAGCUCCGGUCUCCUGGGGAACAUCUCUGUGCCACCUCAUGCCACCUACCUCACCUUCUGUGGACUGGUGCCUGGAGCCCAUUACCGGGUGGACAUUGUGUCAUCUCUGGGAGUCCUCACCCAGAGCCUCAUGGGCUACACAAGUCCCCUGGCACCACAGUCACUGGAGGUCAUUGGCAGAGCCAGCCCCUCUGAGCUGGCCAUUGGCUGGGUCCCUGCACUGGGGCAGCGGGAAGGCUACAGGGUUACCUGGCACCAGGAGGGCAACCAGAGGUCACUGAAGAAUCUGGUCGACUUGGGUCCGGACAAUUCCAGCCUGAUACUGCAGGAUCUGGUGCCUGGCUCCUGCUAUACCGUGGCACUGUGGGCCUGGGUGGGGAAUCUCAGCUCCAGCAUCCAGAUGGUCCACUCCUGCACUCCCCCUGCUCCUCCUGCCAACUUCAGCCUGGGCCCUACCAGCCAGCCACCUGUCCUGACGGCUUCCUGGUGCCCUCCGCCAGGGGGCAGGGAUGGCUUCCACCUGCGGCUCUACCGUCUGCGCUCCCUGACUCUGGAGAGCGAGGAGAUUCUGGCUCCAGAAGCCCACAACUUCUCCUGGGCCCAGAUGGCCCCGGGCACCGAGUUUCUGGCACAGCUGGCUACUUUGCAGGGGCCCAGUGAGAGCAGUGACGCCAACGCCACAAGCUGGACGUCCCCCCUCACUCCUCCUCUGGUAAAUGUGACCAAGGAAGGCUCCACCCAGCUCCGGGUAUCCUGGGUCCACGCUCCUGGGGGACGACACGACUACCAGGUGACCCUGUACCAGGCGGGCACCCAGGCAGGCACUCACACCGUGGAAGCCCAGGUGGACAGCACGCGCUUCUCAGCCCUGACUCCGGGCACCAAGUAUGACGUGGAGGUCAUCUCGCGGGCUGGGCCCCUUCACUCUGCCGCAGCCAAGGCAUCUGGCUGGACCUCCCCACUCACGCCCAAUGAGCUGUCGGUGUCAAUGCAGUCAGGCAGCGCUGUGGUCAGCCUAGCCUGGGCCCGCGGUCCCUUGGGGCAGGGUGUGUGUCAUGCCCGACUCUCGGCAGCUGGGCGCCACUCCUGGGAACAGUCCCUGGUGCUGGGCCAAGCCUACCUGGUCCUCGGGGGCCUGACGCCUGGACGCAACCACUCCCUGUCGGUGCUGUGCGAGGCGGGCCCGUGGCGGGCGUCCACCCAGCCCGUGCUGUUGCCUGUGGAGCCUGGCCCUGUGGAGGACAUGCAGUGCCAGCCUGAGGCCACCCGCCUGGCCUUGACCUGGACGGUGCCUGCUGGGGACGUGAGCACCUGUCUGGUGGUGGCCGAGCAGCUGGGCGUGGGGAGGAGUGCUCGCCUCGUGUUCCAGGCCAACACCUCCCGGGGUGCCAUCUCGUUGUCUGGCCUGGUGCCCACCACCUCCUACCGCCUCAGCCUCAGCGCGCUGGGCAGGAAUGGCCUUCGGAGUCGGGCGCUCACCCUGGUGUGCACCACUUCGGCCGAGACCUGGCACCCCCCAGAGCUAGCUACGGCCCCCCAGCUGGAGCUCGAGAUGGGGCUGGGAGUGAUGAUCCCACGGGGCAUGUUCGGCGAGGACGACGGGCAGAUCCAGUGGUACGGCGUCAUUGCCACCACCAACACGUCCCUGGUGCGGCCUCCCUGGGAAGCCAUUAACCACUCGUGGUACGACCACUACUAUGGAGGACACGACUCCUACCUGGCCAUCCUCCUCCCCAACCCCUUCUACCCGGGACCCUGGGCCACGCCAGGAUCCUGGACGGUGCCCAUGGGAACACAGGACUGUGGCCACACCCAGGAGAUAUGUAACGGACAGCUCAAGCCAGGCUCCCAGUACAGGUUCAGCGUUGUGGCCUUUUCCAGGCACAGCUCUCCUGAAACCAUUGUCUCCUUCUCAGCCUACUCAGAGCCCUGGGCCAGUGUGCCCCCUACAGUAAUGCCCCUGCCAGUAGUGGUGGGCAUUGCGGCCGGCUGCGUCCUCACCGUCUGUGCCGUGCUGGGCCUGCUGUGCUGGGGCCGGGCGAAGGGACAGAGGGCAGAGAAGCUUCGAUUUUCCCAAGAGCUGACAACUUUCAACCUGCGGCGGACCCAGCGGCCCAUCCCCAUCCACAGCUUCCGGCAGAGCUACGAGGCCAAGAGCGUGCAUGCUCACCAGGCUUUCUUCCAGGAGUUUGAGGAGCUGAAGGAAGUGGGCAAGGAGCAGCCCAGGCUGGAGGCUGAACACCCCGCCAACACCGCCAAGAACCGGUACCCACAUGUGCUGCCCUAUGACCACUCCCGAGUCAGGCUGAGCCAGCUGGAGGGGGAGCCCCACUCCGACUACAUCAAUGCUAACUUCAUCCCCGGCUACACCCACCCGCAGGAAUUCAUUGCCACCCAAGGGCCUCUCAAGAAAACGCUGGAGGACUUCUGGCGGCUGGUGUGGGAGCAGCAGGUUCAUGUCAUCGUCAUGCUAACCGUGGGCAUGGAGAACGGGAGGGUGCUGUGCGAGCAUUACUGGCCGGCCGACUCCACCCCCGUCACUCACGGUCACAUCACCAUCCACCUCCUGGUGGAGGAGCCUGAGGAUGAGUGGACCAAGCGGGAAUUUCAGCUGCAGCAUGUGGCCCAGCAACAGCAGCGGCGAGUGAAGCAGCUGCAGUUCACCACCUGGCCCGACCACAGCGUCCCCGAGGCUCCCAGCUCACUGCUGGCCUUUGUGGACCUGGUCCGGGAGCAGGUGAAGGCCACCCAGGGCACCGGACCCAUCCUGGUGCAUUGCAGUGCAGGCGUGGGCCGGACGGGCACCUUUGUGGCCUUGUUGAGGCUGCUGGAGCAGCUGGAGGAGGAGAAGGUGGUGGACGUGUUCAACGCUGUAUACGCGCUCCGGCUGCACCGGCCCCUCAUGAUCCAGACCCCGAGCCAGUACCUCUUCCUGCACACCUGCCUCCUGAACAAGAUCCUGGAAGGGUCCUCGGACACCUCCCAGUCCCGACCCAUCUCUGUGGCGAACUUUGCACAGGCCUAUGCCAAGAGGGCAGCCAAUGCCAACGCUGGCUUCUUGCAGGAGUACAAGCUCUUGCUGCAGGCCAUCAAGGAGGAGGCUGGCUCGUGGACGCCCCCUCCUGGCUACGAGCAGAGCAGCGCCCGCUCCUGUGAGUCUCAUGCACCACGUGGGCAGUCAAGCUUCAGCUGGGACCUCUGGCAGCCUCCUCCUCCCCGUCCUCCCCCAGCUCACCGUGCCCAAGUGCCAUUUUCUCCAGUGGAGGAGAGGUCCCCUGACGACAUGCCCGAAGGCUGGCUCUUCCCUGGUGGGCCUGCUGGUCGUGACCAUGUGGUGCUGACCGGCCCAGCAGGGCCCAGGGAGCUCUGGGAGCUGGCCUGGGAGCACAGGGCCCGCGUGCUGGUCUCUCUGUGCCCAUUGGACACCCAGGAGAAGCCACAGGAGUUCUGGCCAACGGAGAUGCAGCCCAUCGUCACGGAUAUGGUGACAGUGCACUGGGUGGCCGAGAGCAACACAGCAGGCUGGCCCUGUACCCUCUUCAGGGUGACACAUGUGGCGAGCAGGAAGGAGAGGCAGGUGCAGCGGCUGCAACUGCCCUGCCAGGAGCCUGGGCACCAGCUGCCCGCCACCACCCUGCUGGCCUUCCUGGCUGCUGUGGGCCAGUGCUGCUCCCGGGGCAAGAGCAAGAAGCCAGGCACCCUGCUCAGCUACUCCAGCAAGGGAGCCACCCAGCUGGGCACCUUCCUGGCCAUGGAACAGCUACUGCAGCAGGCAGGGGCUGAGUGCACCGUGGACGUCUUUAACGUGGCCCUGAAGCAGUCACAGGCUUGUGGCCUCAUGACCCCAACGCUGGAGCAGUACAUCUACCUGUACAACUGCCUGGACAGCGCGCUGGUGGACGGGUGGCCCUGAGUUGGCACUGCACCGCACUGCGCCGGAGCGGAGGAGGUCUGUGCCCUGCCGGGCAGGGAUAAGCAGCCCCAACGAGGCCACUGGGCACCCUGCUGUGAAGGGGCGGGUGGGGAAUAAAGACACUCAGU